UGGAGAAAGUCAAGUGGUACGACUGGCUAAGAUAUCAGAAAUAACAAUAACGUCAAAAAUUGAAAUUAAAUACAUAUGUCACUAUUUCGGACAAAGUAAGCAAAAUGAAGAGAAAUAAAGGGAAAGUAAACACCACGGAAAAAGAGUUUCUGUUCGAGUUCACGGCCGGGAAGCUGCGUUACGCCUUGACCGUUCCCCUGCAGUUCCCCGUACAAGAAAACGUCAGCGACCUCCACGGGAGGCUUAUGCUGUUACACAACAUGCCCUGUUUCAUUGAAAACGAAUUGAAGAGUGCCCUUUGCAGCUUCAUCGAGAAAGAAACCAUUCAGGACUAUGACAAAGAAGCGGAGUUGGCUCUGCAGAGACUAACAACCGGAGAAGUAGACGCUGACAAGCUUACAAGUGCCUGGGCCCGGGUGUACUCUGAAACCACCCUGGAGCAUGCCCGCCCUGAGGAGCCUAGCUGGGACGAGGACUUCGCGGACGUGUACCACGAGCUGAUCCACUCCCCGGCCUCCGACACCCUGCUCAACCUUGAGCACAACUACUUCCUCAGCAUCUCCGAGCUCAUCAGCGAGAGGGACAUGGAGAUAAAGAAGCUGCAGGAGAGGCAAGCGGCAGAAAUGGACAAAGUCAUGCAGGAGCUGGGGAAGACCAUGAGCGACCAGGAUGUGAAUGUGGUGGCCUCCCAGCACUUUGAUGCCCAGCAGGAGCUGGAAAAUAAAUGGGCCAGCGAGCUCAAACAGGUGACAGGCAUUCAGAAGCAGGAAUACCAGGAGUGGGUGAUCAAGCUGCACCAGGACCUGCAGAACCCGAACAACAGCACCAUCACCGAGGAGAUUAAGGUGCAGCCCAGCCAGCUGACAGAGCCACAGGAGCCCGGGGACAGGCUGUUCGAGGAGCAGCGACAGCUGGAGGAGAGCUUCACCAUCCACUUAGGUGCGCAGCUGAAGACGAUGCACAACCUGCGGCUGGUGCGGGCAGAUGUGCUGGACUUCUGUAAGCACCGUCGCCACGGCAGCAGUGGGGCCAAGCUGCGGCGGCUGCAGACAGCGCUCUCACUCUACUCCACCUCCCUCUGUGGCCUGGUGCUGCUGGUGGACAACCGCGUCAACUCCUACAGCGGCAUCAAGAGAGAGUUUGCCACUGUGUCCAAGGAGUGCACAGACUUCCACUUCCCGCGGCUGGAGGAGCAGCUGGAGGUGGUCCAGCAGGUGGUGCUGUAUGCCCGGGCACAGAGGAGCAGCAAGAAUAGGGACCAGCCUGAGGUCCCCAGAAAUGGAGCCAGCGAGGAUAAAGCCAAGAACCUUGAAAGAAAUCCCUCAAAUAUCUUACCAGGUGAGUUCUACAUCACCCGGCACUCCAACCUGUCGGAGGUGCACAUCGUGUUCCACCUCUGCGUGGACGACAACGUGCGGUCGGGCAACAUCACGGCCCGCGACCCGGCCAUAAUGGGCCUGAGGAACAUCCUGAAGGUGUGCUGCACCCACGACAUCACCACCAUCUCCAUCCCCCUGCUGCUGGUGCACGACAUGUCGGAGGAGAUGACCAUACCGUGGUGCCUGAAGCGAGCGGAGCUGGUCUUCAAGUGCGUCAAAGGUUUCAUGAUGGAAAUGGCAUCCUGGGACGGAGGGAUCUCGCGGACGGUCCAGUUCCUGGUUCCACAGAGCAUCUCCGAUGAAAUGUUCUAUCAGCUCAGCAACAUGCUGCCUCAGAUCUUCCGGGUCUCAUCCACCCUCACUCUCACAUCCAAGCGCUGACGCGGCGGAGGGGCCGCACCCCCAAGCCCCCGGACCAAUCAGGGAACCUCCGCGGACCUGGGGACGUGACACUGCUCCCACAGCCGUGUGUUCAGUGGGGAAUUUGGCGGCUUCUUUGCCGAAGACGGGUCCCGCCAUCACAGUUCCAUUUACAGACGUACAGAGAAGUCUGUGUGUGACUUUGAGUAGUUUCUUAAACACGCCCCAGAUCCUUCAGAUCCCUUACCACACUUAGAUGCCCGCUGUGGUGUGCUGCCCUGGCGCUUCCAGUCCCACAGAGAGAGGGGCUAUCUGCAAUGCAGGUGCUUUCAGAUCUCUGCAGUGGAAAGUGUGUUUUUGCUAACAUAUGCGUGGAACCUUUUUUUAGAACUAAAAACUUUUACUUGCUCGGAAGGUUUAACAUAGGGAAAUUCUCUGGAUGAGGCAACCCUCAAAGCUCCGUGCCGUGUAAACCUCUUUGUAAUUUUAUUCGGCAUCACUUGCAAGCCCCGUUGUUAAAAAGGCAAAUUUUUGCUGAUGCAGAAACCAGCCGCACACCAGUGUUUCUGUGCUGCAUUGCAGUGCAUUACCUAUUUGACUAAUACUGUAUGAUUGCCUUUCCCCUUUUUCUGCACCAGAGGGCGCUGUUCUCAACACAGACAGACAUGUACACGCACAAGCGCACAGCAGCCAAGUUGCAUUCCACUUCUGAUCAGAGAGUGUUUUAACAUGUUGCUCUUAAUUUCUUCAAAGAAAAAAAAAAACAUCCAUGAAACCAGCUGUAU